GUUGCUUGCAAGCGUUGGCUUCUCAAAGUUCUCAGAAUCCCAGAAGACUUUCAUCGACAUUGGUCUGCGCUUGCUAUUCCAAUGGAGAAAGCAGAGAUUGAAACGAUCACUAAGCCUUACAGGCUGCUGCUCGCAUGCCCAUCUGGUCUUUCACCCUCGCAGAUUUCUGUGGUUUUUGAUGGAGUUUAUGAUCGAAUUCCCCACCCAGACAUCAACUUGGAGAAUUCUAUCUCUGAGAUAUGGGAUCAAAGGGUCCAGAAAAAUCCAUCACUGUACAAUGGGACAAAGUUCAGGUAUGGACAACAUGUAUGGAAUGGUGGAGGUGGAUCCAACCAAGAGCCUCAUGUGUGCCUCAACCUUGGUCUGACAGAUUAUAGGACUUUUGUGGGCACAAACUUAAAUCCUUUGUGGGAAAGAUUCCUGGUUCGAUCAGAAGAUGAUGCCAUACGUUGUCAACACACCUCAAGUCCAUUGGGUAAUGGUGCUAUUGUGGAGACAUCUGACAAGAAAAUACUAGUGUUGCAAAGAAGUAACAAUGUCGGGGAGUUUCCCGGACACUUUGUAUUCCCAGGAGGCCAUCCAGAGCCCCACGAAGUUGGAAUAAUAUCCCAUCACCAUAAAGACGUGACAGACUCCAAAGCUAUUAAUAACAAAGUUUCUCAGGAGAUGUUUGAGAGCAUUGUUCGUGAGGUAGUUGAAGAAAUCGGAGUACCUUCAGCUUCCCUUCAUGAGCAAGUUUUUAUCGGUCUAUCCCGCAGGGAGCUUAAUGUGAGACCAACUGCAUUUUUCUUCAUGAAAUGCAGUCUCAGCUCAAAGGAGAUUCCAAAACUGUAUUCUAGUGCCCAAGACAGCUUUGAAUCAACUCAGCUCUUUACAGUUCCAAUGAUUGAAUUAGAGAACAUGGCGUCGAAAAUGCCAGGCUGCCAUGAAGGUGGAUUCGCGUUGUAUAAGAUGAUGGUUGAAGCCGUGAAGAAUGUUUGAUGGAAGAUCUGCUCAUAUCUCUCAGUCGUUAGUGUCUCGGCAGCUUUCAGUAACACUUCUAAGGCUCGGACUCCCUUUCUUUGUUAUUAGCGAUUCGGUACAAAAACAGAUAACCUUGCUUGUUGUACUCAGUUUCAUACAUAUGCUUGUAAAACAUGAUUUAUUUUUAAUCACAGUUAAUUUGAAUUACAGUCGCAGUUAAUUUGAAUUACA